CUUGCCACAGGGGUUUAAAGUUUCAACAGGUCUGGAAACACAAUGAUUUGGAUCAAACAGCCCAGUGAGAGAGCUCGGUCACCUUAUCGCACUUGAACUGCACUUCCAGGAGCUGACACCCCCGCUUCAGUCUGCCUGGAGCUGACACCCCCGCUCUCACCCCCAGUACAGCACACUGGACUGUAUUUGUGUUUGUAUCCGGCAGGACCUGAGAAGAGCUGGAGGGGAGAUACAUGGGUGUAUCAAGAAUAAUCGCUGUGAGGUUUUGUUACUCCUCUUCAGUUGAAACUUAAUUGCACAGGAACUGUGCACACCCUGAGCAGAAGUUACAACUUGUCACCAAGCAAUCAAUGAGCUCUCUGUCUCACCCUCUGUGUGAUCAUUUAUGUAUCUCUUGGGCAUGUGUCUCAUCGAGCUCCUGUCUGAUCACUUCACACACUCUGUCCUAUGAAGACACCGGUUUAAACACCAUCUGAUCUCUCUCUUUUUUCAUUAUUAUUAUUAUUAUUACUCAAAAAGUCCUGGAGUAAUUUGACAGCUUGUGAUCAGUGCAUCAGCAUGGCCGACUCUCCUUCCGUAGAUCUGCGAGAUAUAGAACUCAAGUUAGGACGCAAGGUGCCUGAGAGUCUGAUUAAAUCCCUUAAAGAGGCUCACUGUGAGGUGUUGGAUGGCAGGGAUGAAUACUCUAACUAUCCGGAAACGAACUCUGUCAACCUUCCCCAAACCAGUUCUAUGGAACGUCUGGAGACCAAAAUCCAGCUUCUCAAACAAGACAUGAUUUUCCUGAGAGCUGCUGAUGUUAAACUUAUGAGACAGCUGCUUAUUAUCAAUGAAAGCAUUGAAUCUAUCAAGUGGAUGAUGGAAGAGAAGGACAUUAUCACAAGUCAAGGAAGCAGUCUUAGUGGAAGCCUUUGCAGUUUGCUUGAGAGCAGGGACACCUCUUUACAAGGAAGCUGCAACAGUUUGCACAACUUCAGUGAUGGAAUGGAUGAGAUAUCCAUUGGGAGUUACCUGGAUACAUUAGCAGACGUUCCUGGACAUUGCACACCAUCAGAUUUUGAGGAGUACAGUGAUGCACAAGAGAACUCUGUGGACCAUGAGUCUAUAUGUAAUAAUUCUACAAAUCAAUAUGAUGAAUAUUAUUGUUUCAGAUAGAUGACCAUACUGGAGAACCUCCAUGGUUUUUGCUUCUACUUGUUUUUUGUUACACAUAGUAGUAACCAUAAUUAAUAUGGCUGAUAUAUUGCAUGUUCUAAAGGUACAUAUGACAUUAAAUACUGAGCCAUAGUAUCUAUUCUAAUGAGGGUCGUUAUGAAGAAUGCAUGUUUCUUACAUGAUCUUCAUAAGUCCAUCAGUUUUAGGCCAGUUAAUGAGGAUGUGUUGUUAAUAUUCCAUCUAUUUUAUGUACUAAAGGUGAAUUGUUUUAUUUAUUAUCGUUACUACUAUAUUUUAUAAUGCAAAUUAGUUGAAAAUUGCCCUCGGCCUUAUCUUUUUUUUUUUGUAAUCCAGAUUCAGGGAAAUGGUUUGGUGUGACAAUAAACCAGCUUCUCUUUUAAAAUA